CAAGCUCUUCCGACAUAUGUUAUGUCGUGCUUCUUAUUGCCAAAAGCGAUUUGUUCUAAACUUACUAGUGCGAUUGCUAAUUUUUGGUGGAGUAAUAAAGUUGAGAGCCGAGGAAUUCACUGGAUAGCUUGGGACCAAAUUUGCACUCAACUGUCGGAAGGAGGGCUAGGAUUUAGGUCUCUGGAAGAUUUCAAUCUCGCACUUCUGGCAAAGCAGUUAUGGAGAUUAUUACGGUUCCCGGAUUCUCUUCUUAGUAGAGUACUUAAGGGGCGGUAUUUUAGAUAUUCAAGCCCACUAGAGAUCAUUGUCUCAAAUCGGCCGUCAUAUGGAUGGAGGAGCAUGUUGGCUGCCAAAGAUGUUCUGAAAUUUGGACUCCGCAAGACAAUCGGUUCGGGGUUCGGAACUUGUAUUUGGACCGAUCCUUGGAUACCAGACUCUCCGGCACGGCCACCUAAGGGAUUAUCAAAUGAUAGAGACCCUCUGAUUUAUGUCAACACAUUGAUAGACUUCGGGACUAAACAAUGGAAGUUGAGCCGACUUCGUGAAUUGUUCCCCCCAGAAGAUAUUACCCGCAUUUUAGGGAUUAAACCGAGCCUUAAAGUCUCGAGCGAUGGCUAUUGCUGGACAUUGACAAAGUCUGGUAAUUAUACCGUCAAAACUGGAUAUGAAGCCGCGAGAAGUAUUUCUCGCCCUGCUUGCGACCACCCUUCUCAGGGACCUAGUGUUAUGGCACUUAAGGCGCAAGCUUGGAAAUUAAAAACUACGCGAAAAUUGAAACAUUUCGUGUGGCAAUGUGUGACAGAUUGUCUGGCCUCAAGCCAACGACUAUUUUAUCGCCAUAUUGGUAGAGAUAAAGGAUGUUCAAGAUGUGAUGCACCAGAAGAAACGAUCAAUCAUUUGAUCUUUGAAUGUCCUCCUGCUAGACAAGUCUGGGCCCUCUCCAAUAUCCCAUCCUCCCCAGCCCUAUUUCCUUCGCCUUCACUCUACAAUAACUUAGAUUAUUUGUAUUGGCGGGGCAAGGAGGCGGGUGCGGAUGAAGAGAGUCUAAGAGUAUUUCCAUGGAUCAUGUGGUAUAUUUGGAAGGCGCGCAACCGAAAGAUUUUUGAGAAUGUGUGUGUUUCACCUCAGGAAUCGUUAGACUUAGCAAUUCAAGAGGAAGGGGCGUGGAGGCGUGCAAAUUCACAGGAGGUUCCCCAGGAUGAGAUAGAUCAAAUCCUGCACGUACCACCAAUUCCCGAGGAUCGGCCGGUUUGUUACAUCGAUGGGUCCUGGCAUGGCGAGGAUGCAAGAAGCGGGCAUGGAUGGAUUGUGUAUUGCGGAAGAAGGUUGCUGCAAGUAGGCUUAAAAGGCUCGCGACGAAGUCUUUCUCCCCUUCAUGCGGAAUUGGAAACUUUAGUUUGGUCGAUGAAGUGUUUAGUGGAGAUCCCCAUAACAAGCAUUCUUAUUAUGACGGAUUGCUCGGAUCUUUUAGAGAUGACAUCGAACCCGGAGGCUUGGCCCACGUUCUCUUCAGAGUUGUUAGACUUUAUGUUUUACAGGGAUUCGUUUUCUUCAUUUAGCUUGAAACAUAUCCCUCGUAGUGAUAACUCUUCCGCCGAUCAUCUUGCGAAAUGUGCAAGAGGUCGCGGGUUCUGCUUUUCCCAUGAUUUUGCUUCUUUAUUUCACUUUCUUCCUCCUUCCUCUGUUGCGGCUGAGAAAACUAUUGACUCGGUGGCUAAAGAGUCGGUGUUGAAUUCGGUGGUGAAGAUCUACAAUUUUUCUAGCAAGCCUAACAUUUGUUAUCCUUGGCAAACUAAGCCACAAAAAAUAUCCAUAGGCUCAGGGUUUGUGAUUCCGGGGGAAAUGAUUAUUACAAACGCUCAUGUGGUGGCUAAUCACAUAUUGGUGCUAGUCAGAAAGCAUGGCUCACCAAAGAAGUACAAAGCAGAAGUUAAAGCUAUCGGGCAUGACUGUGAUUUGGCUAUUUUGGUAAUCGAAAGCAAAGAGUUUUGGGAAGAUAUGAAUCCUUUGGAGCUUGGAGACAUGCCCUUUUUGCAACAAUCAGUAAAUGUUAUUGGCUAUCCACUAGGUGGUGAGAGUAUCUCCGUUACAAAAGGUGUUGUGUCUAGACUCGAAUCAAAAGAUUAUGUUCAAGGUGCCACUAAUCUACCGGUACUACAAACAGAUGCAGCACUUAACUUUGGGAAUAGUGGUGGUCCGGUUUGCAUAGGAAACAAAGUUGUUGGUGUAGCAUUUCAAACUCUUAGACAUUGUAAUAGCAUAGGGUACUUAAUCCCAGCUCCAGUGGUUAAACAUUUUAUAGCCGGUGUUGAAAAAACCGGUCGAUACAUUGGCUUCUGCUCGCUGAAUCUAUCAUACCAACCUAUGGAUGCACAUUUUCGUAGUCAUUUUAAGAUGAAUUCUGAAAUGACAGGGAUUCUUAUAUACAAUAUUAAUCAACAUUCGGAUGCUCUCAAUAUUCUUAAAAAAUAUGACGUUAUUCUUGCAAUCGAUGGCGUUGCUAUAGAAAAUGAUGGUACAGUUAUUUUACCAAACAGAGAAAGGAUAACGUUGGAUAAUUUGGUUUCUAUGAAGCAAUUAGGUGAAACAAUCCUACUUAAAAUUUUAAGAGAGGGUAAAAUACAUGAGUUCAAUAUUACUCUAAAGCGAGUGCAACGGCUAGUUCCAGCAGGUCAAUUUGACAACAACCCAAGUUACUACAUAUUCGCUGGUUUUGUCUUUGUGAAUCUCCGUAAACAACACAUUAAAGGUUCCAACGUUGAACAAAUUGUCAUUAUUUCUGAGGUAUUAGCUGAUGUGAUCAAUGUGGAAUACUACAUGUUCAAGAACUUGAAGGUGAACAGCGUCAACAAAGUGAAGGUGGAGAAUCUAAAGCAUUUGUGUGAACUCAUAGAGAAAUGUUGUACCAAAGAUUUGAGGUUAGAAUUAGGAGAUGGUCGAGUUAUAAUCUUGGAUUAUCAGUCGGCGAAAAGUUCCACUUCUUUGAUUUUGGAACGUCAUAGAGUACCAUCGGCAAUGUCCAAAGAUCUCAUGAUUGAACAAUCCAAGACAUGUGAAAGUGAGUCUAUUUGGCGGUUUCUUAACGAGUCAUUGCAACUCCACAAGGCACCUAUAUUAGAAAGAUUGGUUAUAGAGCUCGGUCCACAUUGUCCUGUUGAUGUUGAUGUAGUAAAGUGGAUUUCAAAUGCAGUUGAUCGCGGGGUUUGUGAACUAGAGUUUGAUCUCAUGUGGUCCGCAAAGCCUACUAGCUUGCCCAACAACCUUUAUAUAUGCGAUACGCUUGUGUAUCUCCGUCUUUCCAAUAAGGUUUUUGUAGAUGUUGCUUCUCCGGUAUGCUUGCCAUCCCUCAAACGUAUGAAACUUUACGAUGUUGUAUACAAAGAUGAUGAUUCUCUUGUUAGGCUCUUAUCGGGUUGUCCUAUUCUCAAACAGUUUGAAUCUCCGACGAUGAUGAAGAAGAAGGCGAAAGAAGGGAAGAGUCUGUUUGGCUCUCCGACGUUCGUUGAUCUUGGAAACGGACGGCUCAGAUGCGUCGAGACUGGUCACGAUGUUUUAGCCGGAGACGUAGAAUCAUACGCUCGUAACAAACGGUGUCGUUUAGGACUCAUCGAUCACGCUUUGUCUCAGGGAAAGUCUCCUCUCAACAUGUUCUCGCAAUGCCCAUUUUCUCGCUCGAAACUCGUGUGCAAGCUUACUGGGGAUACCGUGAACAAGAAUGAGGAACAUAUCUGGAAACACGUGAAUGGGAAAAGAUUUCUUCACAAAUUAGAGCAAGUGGAAAGAGGAGCUGGAUCAAGUGGAAGGGCCGAGAAAACACAAGUAACCAAACCAAGACACAAUCAGGAAGAUUCUGGUUCCGAGGAAUCCGACUUUUGGAUGCUUAAGUCAAGUUCUGAUUCAGAGUCAGAUGAAGAGACUGAUGAAGGAAACUGUAAAGGUUCUCAUUGUGAUGCCAAAGAAUCUGAAGAACUCUCAGAAAGAACAAAGAGAAUGUCAAUAGAGAUUGGACCAAGUAGCUUUGCUUCUAGGAAGAAAAAGAGUAAGAAUGAUGAGUCGUCUUAAGAUGUUGUGGACAAAAAAACAAAGAGCACAAUUUUAU